AUGAUCAUUAUAUUUUUUUUACUUCUUACACAUAUUCCACUUACAAUUUACUAUGAUCAGAUUCCAUCAACAAUAUCAGGAAAACUAGUUUGUACGAAUACGAAUUAUUUUUUUGGACAAUAUAAUACAUAUUUUAAUUAUCUUACACUUGUUAACGUUAUCCCUUAUUUAAUAACAUUUUCAUUUGGUUCAAUGUCAUAUAGAAACGUUCAACAAUUAGCAUAUCGGGCAGUACCUCUUGUUCGACGUGAAUUAGACAAACAAUUAACAAUUGUAGUUCUUGUACAAAUAGUAUAUGAUUUUGUUAUUUUAAUACCAAAUUUGAUCGUAUAUGUCAUUAUUUUACAAGGAAACAUUCAAGAUUUAGUCAUUAAAGCACAAAUCAAUUUAAUCUAUACGAUAACUUUGUGUUUCUACUAUUUAUAUUUUUCUAGUCCGUUCUAUAUAUACAUAUGUGUUUCGGAAAGAUUUCGUCGACAAUUCAUCUAUGUAUUAUUCAAAAUGCAUUUUAAUCGAUGGCGACAACUAAGAAUUCAUCCGAAUCAACCAUUAGGUCAAACAUAA